AGUCACAUCUCACAUCAUGAAAUAAAGAAAUUUCACAGUAUGGUACAAACGUCUUAAGUUGACUUAUAACAUUAGUAUCAUCUGUGAUGAAUUUCCCAUUGCGGUACAAAAGUCUCAAGUCAACAUAUGGCAUUUAUAUCGCACCACUCGCGUUCCACCUUUUGGUACAAUAGACUUAAGUCUUACUUGUGACGUUGGUACCACUGACGUUUGUAGAAUUAUCAUACUGGCAGUGACAUAACACAGAUUGAGCAUUGAACAUUGGGCGCUUGGAAAACAUGACUGUAUGGAAUUGAUUUGUUUUUAAUUAAUUAUUUGCAAUAAAAUUAAAAUCGAGAUGUCUGAAAGAGCGAGGAGGAUGGUGAAUAUGUGUUUAACAGCAGAAAAAUGUGAUAUUGUAUCAAAUGAUUAUCUCCUUUCAUCAUCAAUUGAACCACCAGGUCAAGAGGUGCAAGAAAAGGUUCCCCAGGAUUUAUCACCGGAUAAUCUAAUAGAAUCAGUUGCACCACCAGAACAAGAGGAACAAGAAGGGCUAUUUGAGGGUGUAUCGCCUGUUCAUGUAAUGGAGUCAGUGGAACCAGGAGUGGAAUCUUCACCAAUUCGAUACAUAGAGCCAGAGCUGAUGGAGUGGGCUGAAGAAGAAUUGUUCGAAGAUAUGGACAACACAGACGUUGAUGAAGAUUACAAAACCGAGGAGGAGAGUGAUUCUAGUGAAGAGGAAUAUUCUAUUAGGUCUAGAUCUAAAGUAAACAAAUUUUUCGAAGGUAAGAGUAAAGAUUCUCCGAGUAAAACUACAGCUGGACUGAACGAUGAACGCAAGAAGCAGCAAUCAACAGAAUUGGUAGUUCCUGGUUCUGAAAAUACAACGGAGAAUGAUAGAGGAAAAACUAAGCCAUGGGCUAGGGCAUUCAGGAAAGAGAGAUCAAUUAAGAUAAACACAGGCCAGUCAUACAUUAGCACUUCAGGAAAAGAAGUUGGUAAGAGAGAACUAAAACCUAUGAGAAAAUGUAGAAAUGAGUGUUUUCGCAUUCUAGAAGAGCCUAAUCCAUUAUUACGAUCACAGAUUUUUGCUGAAUAUUGGUCAUUGGGUUCAAGAGACAAACGGUCAGAUUUUAUCUCCAAGUGUGUCACAUCAACUGAAGUAAAAACUAGUCGAAAAAGGGAACCAAAUGGGAAGAAAAAACGAGAAAUUACAUAUCAGUAUUGCUUUGAAGUUGAAGGCAUACGUAAAACUGUAUGCAAAGAAUGUUUUCUGGGGACUUUAGGAGAGAAGCCCAGGUUUGUGAGAUAUACUCUAGAUAAGAAGAAAUCCAGUGUUACUGGUAUAAUAACUGGAGAUAAGCGUGGUAAAACUGUUCCUCCUGCAAAUAAAACCACUGAGGAAUCUUUAAAUUAUGUGAGAAAACAUAUUCUAUCAUUCCCAAGCUAUAAAAGUCACUAUUCAAGGCGUACAAAUGACAAGAAUUAUCUUCCAUCACACUUGAACAUUCAAACAAUGUACGAUUUAUACAAGAAAGAUCACAAUAAUCCAGUAUCUAUUAAAAUAUACACAAGGGAAUUUAAGACUUUCAACCUUGCUUUCAAAAAACCACACAUUGAUACAUGUCACAACUGUGACACUCUACACAUGAAACUGAAAGUUGCCAAAGAGUCUAGAAAUAAGGAGGAAGAACUCGAAGUAGAAAGUCAGUUGAAUGCUCAUCAAGAAAAAGCUGAUUUGGCAUAUAUCUGCAAGAAAAAAGACAAAGAACAAGCUGAUGAAACUAAAAAGUGCUACAGUUUUGAUCUACAGCAAUGCCUACCCACGCCCUUUCUUUGCUCUGGAGUUGCAUUCUAUAAACGCCAGCUCUGGACUUACAAUUUGACAAUACAUGACAAUGCAACGGGAGAAUCUUUCAAUUAUAUGUGGCACGAAGCAACUGCGGUGUGCAACUCUUUGUAUGGAUCAUGGCCCUUAUGA